UGAGGCUUGGGGUUAAUGGUUUUUUGUUUUUGUUUUAAUGUGGGUUUUUUUUUUUUUUUUUUUUUUCCGGGCAAAAGGAAGCAUCUGCCACUGCGCAUCGCCCCCCGCCCGGCCCCACCGCUACCAGCCGCUCCCUUUGUCUCGGCCGAGCAGAGACGAGCGGCCCUCGCCGGGAGCCCACGCGUGCCCGCGCCCUCCGCGGGGCGGGGUGGGAGGGGCGGAGGGGCCGCCGCGCCCCGGGGCUACCCCGGUCCCGGGGCGCUUUCCGCGCCGCGGUCCGGAGCCGCCUCCCGGGGGCGGCGUCACCUGCGGCCCCGCGGCGGGUGGGAACGGGGUCGCGGUGGCGGCCGGAACCCCCCCCCCGCCCGGACACGCCCGUUCGGGGCACCGCGGGUGCUCGGCGGGCGUUUGCGCGACGGAGGGGCGAGGAGAGGCGGAGAUCUUCGUGAGCCACUUCCCGAGGGAACUCCGAGCUCGUCGAGAUACCAGCUCAUGGAGAAGACCUCCUUGAAGACCGUGCCAGGACCUAACAGCACUAGAAGCCAUCCGUCUGUCCACCUGCACUGGGAUUUCACCUGCGUUGGCAUCUGCGAGUUCCCUUUCUUCUGUAGCAGCGCGUGGAUCUCAGAGCGGUGGCACUGAAACACUGCACAGAGAGGCUGUGGGAGUUUUGGCGGCAUAUGCUUUGCAAACGGUGUGGUUUUCAACCAUUUCUAUGUUCUACAACUUUGGAAUAAAGAAAAAAAAAAAAGAAGGAAAAGUUUUGUUUGAUAUUAUUCUGGACUCUCAGAUCUUCCAGUUGUUCUCCAGAGCAAGCAGACAAGAAGCCUGGAAUACCUGCAUGCUGCCUUCCCAGUGCAUCGCAACCCGGACAGCUCUGUUCUAACAGAGACCCCUCGAUGUGAGGUGCCACCACCAGAUGUAACCAUGUGGCUGGCCCAGCAGCCGCUGGGCUGCUCGCUGUCACACCACACCUUUAGGACUCCAGCAAGAACAAAUACGCUGCAGGGGAGAUUCCUCAUUCU